CCCUUCUGUCUUUCUCUCUCAAAAUCGGUCUGCUCAGCCACCCCACCCGCACCUCUUCUCUCUCACAAAACUCUUACCUCUUCGCACUAUUUCUCACUUCCACAUACACAAUAAUAGCUCUCUAUAUCUCUCUCUCUGCGUUCCUAAAUUACCCGCCAAAAAGGUUUCUAAUUAACGUACCUUAAUUACAACAAAAUACAAAAACAAAUUCAAAAUCCCCCUAAAACCCUUCUCUUUCUCUUUCUCUUUCUUUCUCCCUCGCUCUCGCUCUCCCUUUCUUCCCCCGCAUGUCUAACCCCUCCCCUCGGACCCCUCUCUUGCAGGUCUCUUGGAAUAUAUCCACUGGAACAGCGUCUUCUUGGGCUUUUCCUCUCUAAACAAUGGAUCAGACGGCGGGUGUUGAACCGAUGGAAUUAACCGAAGCGUCGGCGGUUUUGACUGGGGACAACGGGAUGAUUGAGGACGGCGGGGGAGACAGGGAUUUGGGGUCCCGGUCGACCAAGAGGGCCAAGAUUGAGCCUGGUCCGGGCCUCGAGCUGAAAAGAGUGGCGGAGAUCGUACUGGUGCUCUCCACGAUGGCUAGGAUGCGAGGCGGGAAGAGUCCCACGGAGGCUGAGGUGGAUUUGAUGGCGGAGGCCAGGGCCAAGCUGGCGGAGGCUUGUGCGGCCUUGGCGCCCAAGGAUGUGGUGGGUAGGGAAGCGAUUGGGACGGUCAUUGAGGAUUUGGGGCUCAAUGGGAAGGUGAAGGAUCAGAGGCUAGGGUUUCGAGCUCCCAAAUUGACGAUCAAGGAGAAGGUUGACAAUGCCAAGAGAAAGAUGGAUGAGUCUAAGAAUUUUGCUGCUCAUACUUCUACAUAUACUUCUCACCCCGUGCAACCAAGCUCUAGUACAUUAGCUGAAAAUCGCGGGACAUCACAUACUCUGCGUAGUUUUCCAUCAGAUAAACCAAGUCAUCCGGCAAUUUCUUCAGGAGGCAUCUCAGCUUCACCUUUAGGUCAUGCUUCUGCAACAACAACUUCAACAUCCCUACAGUAUCAAAUGCCAACCAACGAAGUUAGACCCACUAUAAUGUCUAGAGGAUCAUCUAGCAGUCAUUUAGGAAGAGAUCCUACUUCCGUACCAUUACCUAAAGUUGAAAGAGUACAGUUCAAAUUGGAUGGAGGAUCAAAUGGGUCUUCAUAUGCAUCACAAUUACAAGCAAAUUCUUCCGCAAAUCAGUCACUGGUGAAUGCGCCUACAUGGUCCAUACAAACCCAAUCUGCCUCAAUGGCUAAAAGUGGACAAGAAUACAAGGUUCCAAAUCACACUUAUGCAAAGGUCGAGGGAACUGUGGAUGUGAGUAUGUCACGAGUUGCUCCUCAAGCAGCAAGAGAUCAGAGCUUUAGGCCAUUUACAACACAAACAGCACCUGGGAAUUCACCUGCCAUGCAUCCGCCUCUGCAGGGCAUGAGCUUUGUCCAAGGCCCUUCAACUGGUAAUAAUCACAAUGAAGUUGCUAAGCUUGUUCAGAAGUUAUUACAACCACAGCGUCCCGAACAUCCUAAAUGGACUCCCCCGUCGAGGGAUUACAUGAACAAGGCUAUAACAUGCCAAACGUGCCAGAUAACAAUCAAUGAGGUGGAUAAUGUACUUCUUUGUGAUGCUUGUGAGAAAGGAUAUCACUUAAAGUGUCUGCAGCCUAAUCAAAAAGGAAUUCCCAGAGGUGAGUGGCAUUGCAUGAGGUGCUUGGCAUUGACCCAAGGGAAACCUCUGCCCCCAAAAUAUGGUCGUGUCAUGAGAAGUAGUACAAAUCAACCAAACGUAACUUCUGACAUGGCCAUGAAGGUGUCAUCUUCAGAGAAGAAAGUGGGAACUGUAGAUCCAAAGUUCAAUCAGCAAAAGAUGGCAGCAAAUGGAAGCUCAGGUCUACAGAGUCCCGCACAUACUGGUACUGCAGGCACCAAUCAUGCCGAGGCAGCAUCUGAUGUAAAGAUUCCCAAUGCAAGAGAAACUCAUGGAAAUAACAUUGCAUCCAGCAGCGCAGUUGUGGAUGAAAAACCUUUUUCUGAAGUUCCCCCAAAUAUCCCAUCAACAGUCUUUGGGGCAGUCUCUGUUUCUCCUUCUGUUGGCGCACCAAGCGUAAAUUCUUCUCAACAGAUCAAAGAUUGUGAAUUAUCUGCACAUGAAGAGAGAUCCUUAGAAGAAAAAACAGAGCCUCCUGCUAAAUCUGACCAUCCCCAACCCUUGCACAACUCACAAGUUGUUGAUUGGACAUACCCAUUGAACUGUGCUGAGGUUCCAUCAAAGUAUUGUUCUGACAGUGAUCUCACUAUCAAAGAACCAGAAAGUUCUCAAAUAAGACAAACUAGUGGGCAUACUUCUGGCGGUGAUACCAAGCAAUCUGACCAAUUUGUAGCACAGGCAAAUCCUUCUGGAGGUUUGCCAAAUUUUAGUGGGGCUAGUGAACAUUCAGGGCCUCCUUCAGAUGGUUUGCAUGGUGUUGAAUGGAUUGGCAAUGUUGUGCAUGUUUUAGAUGGGAAAUCAUUCUACCAGUCUUGUAGGGUCAGUGGAAUAAUUUACAAACUGCAGGAUCAUGCUCUUUUUCGUUCCAAUCAUGGCGAACUGAUUCCCUCCAAGCUUCAGUAUAUGUGGGAGGAUAGCAGAACUGGAUCAAAGUGGGUUAUUGUCACAAGAUGCUACUUUCCUGGUGACUUGCCUGAGAAUGUUGGACGACCCUGUAGCCCUGAGAGCAAUGAGGUAUAUGAAUCAAACCAUGAAAGCACGAUAAUGGCUGGUUUAAUCCAAGGCCCGUGUGAAGUUCUCCCUCCUGUUAAGUUUAGUGAAGAAAGUGAAAGACGGAGUAAGGCAGGAAUGGAUGCAAAAAUUGGAUUACAGCCAGUUUUCCUGUGCAAAUGGUUUUAUGAUCAGUUUAAAGGGGUGUUUCAACCGGUUCCCAGUUAAUAUCGUCAUGCACAUAUUUUGGCGAUGGAUGUGGUCUAGGUUGUUGCACUUUUUUGGUGCUCUCUUUAAUCAGUCUACAAUGUCAAGUCUUGAGCCGAAAGAAAAAGGGCAGGAAUGAACAAGAUUUGAAGUAGCUUCUUGAGCAUGUGAUAAAAUUUGACUGCGAAUUGGAUAUUUAGAAAGAAAAGAAAAGAAAAGGAGAAGAGGAGAAGAGGAAAAAGCUGCUAGAUGUACGAUUGUUCGUGAUCCAAUCCCUUUACCAUAUUAUAGUUUCCGGACCCUGAAUUUCACGUUGAGCUGCGAUUCCCAAAACCAUUGAAUAAGUUUAUUAUAGCUACAUAGGGUUAUACCUUAAUCGAAGUUUUAUUUUUGGUUGCUUAAGAUGGAUCCAGUCGUAUUAAUUCCUUUGCUAUUAUUAUAAUCUGUUCUCUCUC